CGAAAAGGACGCCCAACGCCGGCGUCGGGACGCCGCACAAACUGGUAGGUGUUCAUGUGGCCACACGCUUUCCGCGGCGUUGUGUUUGUGUUCUGUGGUGUUAGAGUGUUGCGCGGCGAUCGAUUCAACGCAUUAGUGUUCGCAGAAAGUUGGCUCCUCAUACACGUGCCGUCACACUGAGUGAAUUAUCCCAUAACGUAACUACGCCCGCGCCGCAAAGGAAAAUCGCCAAUGGCGACGGGAUCGGCGUCGGUAUCGGGUCGGCGGAGGUCCAGUCGGGGCAUCUCCUUGCUGCCAUCGCAGGACAACUUCGUGAAAGACUUGCCAACGGACAUCCCCGAAGAAGACCGUCUACGCAUCCUCCUUCGGCUCUGCUUUAGGCGCACGUUGGCCACACUGGCCGAUGAGGUGGACGGCUUUGACGACCUCCACGAGAAACUGUUGGUUCAGGGUCUGUCGAUGUUCGACAGUAGCGGAGACGGCGGCGACGACCUUUUGGACAAGCUCUUGAAGCUGACCACUUCGAAGAACGAAGACAGCCAGCUGACGUCUUACCAGCGGCCGUCGCCGCCGAGCAUCACGAGCUUCUGAAGUCGUUGGUUGCCGAGCACAAGCGCUGGAACGAGUUGCUAGCCGAGGACGUGCACUUAGAGCCUGGGCGGCCUUUAGUGAACGACGACGCCGCUCGAAUGCCCGUCGCACGGCAGCGCCACUACGACAUGCUUCUAGAAAGUGCCGAGCGGUCACGGCGUAAAGCCGUCGCGAUACUCUCCAACUUACCAGCCAGAGGCGAGGAUGAGGACGAUGAUGGAGUUGCCGUGGGCGACAGCACCGCUGAAUUGUUCGACGUGUAAAACGAACUGAAUGUGCGGUGUCGCUUUCGCGUUUUGCCGAGUUGUCCGAAUCUCGGGCACCAAAGGCUUCGCGGUUUCGUCGGGGCGAUUGUGAUUGUUUGUAUUUAUUGGUUACGUUUUGUACUAAAGAAUUGCGACGUUAGCUUUUACGCACUCCGCAUGUGGCUAUAGUGAACUAGAAUGUAUUCUACUUCACUGUAGUGUGGCUAUCGCUGGUAGUGCCGCCUGUAGUCAACACCCAAUAGACCAGGGGAUGUUGGUGCAGUGCGGGCGACAGCGGCACUGUGACACUGGCGAACGGUUAUGCACCCGGAAAAUGUCAAAUUUGUUUUCUGGGUCACAGCCAGAGACGCCACCUCAGUGGAGCGUAUCGUGACACAAGAUACCCAUCGUUCAGUGAAAAGGAAGCUCGACACGAUACCCAUGACGAUACUGCGUGGCUGCCUAGUAGCUGAAUCUGGUAACUGUUUUAAAUGUGCAGCACUAAAGAGGCCCGGGCUGUCGGUCGAUUACCGUCACGCACACAAAACGCAGUGCUACAGCAUAGCCAUGUCUUUAAAGGGUCAUAGCAACGCUUGUGUGUGUUGAACCUUUUCACUGUCUGUGUUGUGUGCCUCUGGCCUAGCAUAUACUUCAAGCCCAGAGUAUUACCUCAGAGAAAGGAAAGUGUCAGUGAGGCAUAGAAUAGCUGACCGAGUGGAGAGCAUAGAUAAGUGAGGAGGGGGGUAAAGCAUAGCAUGUGCAGAUGCACAUGCUAUGCUGGUGCAUGUGCAAGGCAUGUGCAUAGCAGGUGAAAAAGGGAAGUGGGAAAUAAUUCAUUUGUGAAGUGUUGCUGAAAGGCUAUGGCGAAUUGCUGCAUCAUGCUUCCUACAGCUGUCAUGUUGAAUGCUACCAUAUAAUCUUGUUUUUUUGCAUUGCUCUCUUUGCUGUGCAAUUCGUGCACUAAAGUCUCACUGCAAUGAACCUGCACUGCUCCGGAGGGUCGCCAUUCAGGCAGGCUGGAGUGCCAUAACUGUAGCAUGUAUUGGGGAGUUUCGAGUAGUGGCCUCAAAGCACUAUGUCUAUGCACACUUCGGUUCAAGCAGGAGCGAAUAGUUUUCAAAUGGAGUCUGCGGUGCUUUGGACACUCAUUGAAUUGGUCACUCUAGUACUGCCGAGAGCAGUCACUUCAGUGGGUGCAGUCACGUUAUUCUGAUGCAAAGCUUUUAAGGCAGGCUUAGGGGCUACCACUAUGAGCCA